CUUCAAGUGCGUAUGCCCAGUUGAGUGGACUGGAGACACAUGCGCAGAUAAGGUUAACAUCUGUGAGAGUUCCCCUUGUACCAUGGGCCAGUGUACACCGGAUCUCUUGACCGCAACUCGGUUCAAGUGUGACUGUGACUUUGCGUGGGUAGGAGAGAGAUGCAGCCAAAGUGUUGACACAUUCAACAUCACACUCCUGGGUGAGAUUGAUCAUACAAAUAGAGGUGACCUGGCUGUUGGCUUGAACAGACUCAUCACCGAACUCGGGGGAAUUCCAGGAAAGGGGUAUGUCAAGUUUACAACGGAUACACAGAGAGAAAGCAGUUAUACUACUACGCCACGUACAACUCUACUCUGCUGUGGAAAACGGAUCCUUUAUAGACAGUGAUUCAUUAGCUAGAAUCUUCGAAUCCAACCCUGAUGAAAUCAUCAAUG